CUGAUUAGUGCUCCCGCCGCAAACGCAGAGCGCGAUGGUGCAUGCUGAAGCAGGUGCGACAUCGCUGUGGGUCAUGACUGGCACCGCCGACGCCGAAGCGCUUGCCGAGCAUUGCGCGACCAUCGGCAAGCACCUGGACGUCGGAGAGCGCGCCUUGUCUGUCGAUGAGCUGCGCGCGGCUCCUCCAACCGUCGUGAUGUACGUCCACGAGCAGCAAGUCGGCGAUAUCGUGGUACUGCCGCCUCUGGGUGCGGCUCAGGUGAGGCCAAAUCGCGCACCCGCAUGCCACAUCACUCACGCCUGCAUGCCAGAUCGUGAACAAGGGCGCCAGAGUAGUGCGAUCGCGCACUUCGCAUCUCACGCUCGACUCGUUGGCUCUCGCGCUCGACAGUGAGCUGCCGAUGUACCAG